AUGUCGGAGAGCCUGGCCGCCGACGAGAUAGUGGCGGAGCUGCGGAACGACAUCAGGGAGCAGAACCAGCAACUGGACGAGGCGUACGCCGAGAUCGACGCCAAGGACAAGCUGCUCAAGGAAAAAGACAAGGAGAUAGCCGAGCUGAAGAAGGCGGCAGCUACUGCUCAAUCCGGCGGCGGUGGCGCGGCGGGAGAGAGCCUGACCGGCGACCAGAUCGUGGAGGAGCUGAGGAACGACAUCAGGGAGCAGAACCAGCAGCUUGACGAGGCGUACGCGGAGAUCGACGCCAAGGCCAAGGAGAUCGCCGAUCUGAAGAAGCAGCUUGCAGCUGGGUCCACCGCCGGCGCCGGCGCGGGAGGAGGAUCAGGCAGCAGCGCCGCCGAUGCUGAGGAGAUCAAGAAGUUGAAGGAGCAGGUGGCCAAGCUGAAAGCGGCUAUGAACGCCUUGCUGGAUGCCUAA